GAUGGCCCAGUAAGACUUUUUAUUUUUUUAUUCUGGAAACCACUUGCAGCGGAUGGGUGGUCAGUCAGUGCUCUUUUGCACUCUAUAAACUUGCAUGGCAGUUUUUCAGGAAAUAUAGUUCCCGCGCGCCGCGCUUUAUUCGCGGGCUUUAAUUAUCAUUCAUUUGUGUUCCUCUCUGAUGAUUACUUGACACGAUGCGCACUGGAAAAGCAGUAGCGGCAGCAGCAGCAGCAGCAGCGACUCCAGUCGAGUAUGUACUCACGGUCCAAGCUUAAAGCCCAGCGACAGGAAGCGUCAAUCCUCUCCAUGUAUGGGCAAAGCCACGCCCACGUGCGCGUCAUCCUCUGACAGCCUGGAUCCCGUGGGUCUGGAGUUUUUGGCUCCCGGGAAAGGUUCCAGUCCUGGGGGAUAGAGGGUUGAGUUUUGUAUGCUUCCAUCCAUUCUGCAAAGACGCGCUAAAGGCCCCUCAUCAUCCUCUCCCGUGUCCGGGAACACCUCCACGGUGAUCAUUUACGCGUUUAUUUGUCUUUUGGAGCCAGAAGUGGUGGAUUCAGCAGUGUCCCGAAGCCUUUUUUUGAUGCUGUUGUUAUAGGAUGCAACCAAGCUAAGAGCAUCACCACCAUCAUCAUCAUCAUCAUCAACAACAAAAACAACAACAGAAAGUUGCAAGAAAUGUUUAACUGAAUUAAAACGAGUCUAAUAUCCCUGCUAUUUGCGCGACUUGUUUCGUUUCUUCCACGGGAGGAUCUCCAUCUAUCCAAACAAGCUGCUUGGAGAGGCUUGAGAAUCUUUAAGCACUGAAUCGUUCAUGUGGUGCCAGCGCAGGGCGGACUGAAGAAGGAGUCGGGACUGCUUUUUCUUUUCUUCUUCUCUUUUCGACAAAUCCCAAACAAACUCUCACGGCUAUCCGAAGGGGCUCUUGGAGAGACGACGCGCCAUCGCUCACACUCUCAUUUCAUCUCUUUGGCUGGAAGUCGGUUGCACGCGAACUCUUUUAAUGUUUGGGAUUCAGGAAAAUAUACCAAGAGGGGGGACCACUAUGAAAGAGGAACCGCUGGGCAGUGGCAUGAAUCCGGUCCGAUCGUGGAUGCACACGGCUGGGGUGGUGGAUGCGAACACGGCCGGCGAGCGUGGAGUUGGUCUGGCACGGGCGCACUAUGAGAAACAACCGCCAUCCAACCUCAGAAAAUCCAAUUUUUUCCACUUCGUCCUGGCGCUUUAUGACAGACAGGGACAGCCAGUGGAGAUCGAAAGGACAGUUUUUGUGGACUUUGUGGAAAAGGAUAAAGAACCUAACAGUGAAAAAACUAACAAUGGGAUACAUUACAAAAUACAACUAUUGUACAGCAACGGCGUCAGAACAGAACAGGAUCUUUAUGUUCGGUUAAUCGAUUCCAUGACAAAACAGGCUAUUAUUUAUGAAGGUCAAGAUAAAAACCCAGAAAUGUGCCGAGUUCUUCUCACACACGAAAUUAUGUGCAGUCGGUGUUGUGACAAAAAAAGCUGCGGAAACAGGAACGAAACGCCCUCAGACCCUGUGAUCAUCGACAGAUUCUUUUUGAAAUUCUUCCUCAAGUGUAAUCAGAACUGCCUGAAGAAUGCAGGAAACCCACGGGACAUGCGCAGAUUCCAGGUCGUUGUAUCGACAACGGUCAAUGUGGAUGGUCAUGUGUUGGCCGUGUCGGACAACAUGUUCGUCCACAACAACUCAAAACAUGGCAGAAGAGCCCGCCGCCUUGACCCCUCAGAAGGUACGGCCACUCCUUAUCUGGAGAAUGCAGCUACCCCGUGCAUAAAGGCCAUUAGCCCCAGUGAAGGCUGGACCACUGGAGGAGCCACGGUCAUCAUCAUUGGCGAUAACUUCUUCGAUGGACUACAGGUCGUGUUUGGCACCAUGCUAGUAUGGAGUGAGCUCAUUACGCCCCAUGCCAUCCGAGUGCAGACCCCUCCAAGACACAUCCCGGGCGUCGUAGAGGUCACCUUGUCCUACAAGUCCAAGCAGUUCUGCAAAGGUGCACCGGGGCGAUUUGUGUAUACAGCUUUGAACGAACCAACUAUUGACUACGGCUUCCAGAGACUGCAGAAGGUCAUUCCCAGACAUCCAGGUGAUCCGGAGAGGUUGCCCAAGGAGGUGUUGCUAAAGAGAGCCGCUGACCUUGUGGAAGCGCUGUACGGGAUGCCACACAACAACCAGGAGAUCAUCCUGAAGAGGGCCGCAGAUAUUGCAGAGGCUCUGUACAGCGUCCCACGUAACCACAACCAGAUCCCGUCCCUUGCCAACACGGCUUCUCACGGCGGAAUGAUGGGAGUCAACUCUUUCGGCGGUCAGCUCGCCGUCAACGUCUCAGAGACCUCACAAGGUCAGGACAGGGAAAAAUCACACUGGAAUACAUGCUGGGACGCUGAAUAUCCUCCUUACAUACAUGGAGUGGGCUAUAGUCGCAACACGAGCAGUGUGUCGCCUCGCGGUUACGUGCCCAGCAGCACCCCGCAGCAGUCCAACUACAACACAGUCAGCAACAGCAUGAAUGGUUAUGGCAACACGGGAAUGCCCAACCUGGGUGUGCCCAGCUCACCGGGCUUCUUGAACGGUUCCUCUGCAAACUCUCCCUACGGCAUAGUUCCGUCGAGCCCUACCAUGGCAGCCUCUUCGGUCAGCCUCUCUUCAAACUGUAGCAGUACACACGGCAUUUUCUCAUUCUCACCUGCCAAUGUCAUCUCUGCAGUGAAACAAAAAAGCGCCUUUGCUCCAGUUGUCAGGCCCCAAGCAUCUCCACCUCCUUCUUGCACCAGUGCAAAUGGCAAUGGACUUCAAGCUAUGUCCGGACUGGUGGUCCCACCCAUGUAAAUUGCACUCCCUUCCCUUGUAAAGCAGCCGUCUCCUCACCGGGAUGAAGCAUAGUACGUUAUGCGGAGGAUCCUCCUCGAAGUCGUCAUUCGUCAUGAAGUUAAUCAGCAGCUAAUUCUGUUAUUCAGAGGAAAAAGACACUUUGCUUUAUUCGAAAUUGACAUGCAAGCGACUUCACCGUUUAUUGACUGAAUCUUGUCAUAUUUUCACAAUCUCGAAGGGGAAAAAAAGAACAAAACGUACCUAUUUUGUAUAAACAUUUCUGGUUUAAUCUUGGCUAUGUCUAGUUCUUGCUAUG